AUGGGCUCUACAAAUCCAACCCCUCACACGUAUCCCGUCCCACCGCCUGGAGUGUAUUGUCCUGCAGUCACCUUUUUCGACCCUGCGACCGAUACCUUGCUCCCCAGUGAACAAGGUCAAUAUUAUUCCUACCUUGCGAAUUCCGGGCUGAGAGGGCUGGUCAUCCUGGGGACAAAUGCUGAGACCUUUUUGCUCACCCGCGACGAACGAGCUACCCUCUUGCGAUUAGCACGCAAGUCAGUCCCAGAGAACUAUCCUAUCAUUGCCGGGGUCGGAGGCCAUUCAACAGCACAGGUACUUGAGUACAUUGCUGACGCCCAUGCUGCCGGGGCGAACUUUGUCCUCGUGCUCCCUUGUGCAUACUUCGGCAAGCAGACCACGCCCACCGUCGUUCACAACUUCUAUGCUGCCGUGGCGAAAGCUUCUCCUCUUCCCAUUCUCAUCUACAACUUCCCUGCCGUCUGCAAUGGCCUCGACCUGGACUCGGAUGCUGUUGCAGCUCUGGCACACGAGUUUCCGAACAUUGUAGGAGUGAAAUUGACCUGCGGUUCAGUCGGAAAGAUCACACGACUGUCAGCCACCUUUCAACCAGAACGGUUUGCCGUCUUUGGCGGGCAGUCGGACUUCUUGGUCGGUGGGUUGGCGGCCGGUUCGGUGGGUUGUAUUGCUGCAUUUGCCAAUAUCUUCCCCAAGACAGUCGUCAAAGUCUUCGAUCUAUGGAAAAUGGGUAAGCAUGAUCAGGCAUUGGCGCUGCAGAGACUGUCUGCUCAUGCCGAGAACCCCACAAAAGCCGGGAUUGCCACCACCAAAUAUGCUGUGAGUCAGUUCAGUGCGAAGAAAGCCGGAAUUCAGGGUGACCUCGAGGCCAUGCUGCGACCCCGACGACCGUAUGAAGAGCCCAGCGAGGCGGUCAAGAAGAAGAUUGUCGAGUUGAUGUUGCCCGUGGAUGAGGUUGAGAAGACGCUCUGA